UCGAGGUCGAACAAUGAUCCGCCGCCUGCAACCCAUCCACGCUAUCAAUCGCCCGCGGAUGUGUCUGUUCUCCAAGGAGAGCGCGAUGUUCCAAGCCAUCCGAUACUAUCGAGACUCUGCAUUGCAACUUCAGACCCUUCCGCAGCUAAAAGUACGGGAUCCGCCGCGAGUUGCAAGCGGUCGCGGUGCAAUGUAUGAGUAUACCCACCGUGGCAUCAAAGCGGCACUUGCCCGUACGGUGACAACUGCCAGCGUCCCGUCGAUGACACUGGUGCAGCGAUCAGAGGAAGGCGGCAAGUUUUGGCUCGUUGUGGCCACCCUCGCCUGGACGUGUGCCGCCAUCGCGUCAGAAGUUUCCAUCGCUAAGAACGACGGAUGGACCGAGAAGAAAUCCAUGCGCGAGACGUCGAUACCAGCGAUGGAAUGGCGCGAGGCUGCAGAGGAGGUUCAUGACGCGAAGGUUGCUGUGGAAGCGCGUGCAGUAGGCGACCCACGUCAGAGAAAUGCACUGGGAAGUCGCCUUGCCAUGUGGGCCCUGCAACACCUUCAUGCACAAGCACACGAACCCCUGACAACUCUGUAUGAGCAUGUCACCGACAUCCAUAUGGAGUAACUAGAGCAUCAUGAUGUGUCAUGGGUAGUUUACAUAUUGUUCUCAACCGGGGAGAUAGAUCGACCUGCAUGAUAAUACACCAAUAAUACACACCUACAACGAAGUACGCGGAUGUUGGAUUCGCCGAUGGGCGCAGUACUGUAAUGCCAUAUCAAUCACUGAAG